AUGGAAGGUUGUAAUGGUGCUGGAAGCAAAUGUGGUCCUUCAGAAUCGGAGAAAGCAUCGCAACUUUAUCGGCCAACUCGUGAACGUAUUAGUGAUAGCAGUGAAGAGAACCAGGAUGAUCAACGACAUCGGCAAAUCGUUGGUCUGGAAGAGGACAAGGGUAUAUAUGGCCAUCCAGAAGUGGUAGUUCCACCGUGUUUUGACUCAGACGAGGAGGAACCGAUCCGUGGUGCGAGUCCACUGCGUUCAUCGCGAACUCCAAAUCUGGAUGCUGUAGAUCCUGUUGACAUGGCACAAUCCAAAGCGUUAACAACCGGCACAUCCGGUAACGAAAUUAUUGAGCCAGCCAUACCGUUGGAAAAAGCAACUAAUUUGGAGGAUUUAAUACCAGUUAGUAAUCUGAGUCAUAAUCCAGCUGAUUUCGAAACUAGUGUGUCACUUACGAUCGACGAUUCAGACGAUCACCAUGCAGAAAGCGCAAAUCAAAACGACAUGAAUGGUAUGAAAUUCACAUACGAAUUUCACCACUAA